UAGAGGAACAUAUGACGCUGUGGUUCACUCGACUUCCUGUAAAUUUAUGCUCAACUGAACAAGCAACAUGUGAAACAGACACAAGUUUGAGAGAGUAACAAAAUGGAUGGUUGCUUUAGGACUGUGAUGUGUCCCCUGCACUCUUCCAGGGAGCAGUAGUCCAUGGAGCUGCAAUGGACACCGUGACUGCUGGAAAAGUCCAUCUGUCUACAUUAAACUUUGAAGAAAAAUCACUGAUCAGAGCCGAGCAGCAUGAACUCCUGAGAGGCAAAAACAACACCACAUCCUGCCGAAGCCCAACACGAGAGUUUGACACCAAAUCGAUAAAGAAUGAGCUCAAAGAAAAAAGGCAGCUGGAGUUUCUGAAGAGGAGAUCCGUGAGUCCAGAAAUGUGUGGCUCAAGGUUGGCAGAAAGACAGUCCAAAAGGAGAGCAUCGCCAAGAAUAUUUAAAAUGAGGCGUUCUUCAUCAGAGUACAUAGAACAAUCCAGUCCCACUGUGAAUGGACUUCCAGCUUUAAUAUUACAGAGGAGUUUGAGUGAAACUCCUAGCACCAGCAAAUGGACUUCAUUAUGGACUGAGCCUACACAGCACCAUACCUCUACAUCAGAACCCCAAGGCCCACAGGUGCAAAAGGGAAAAACCACAGUGAAUGUGCAAACCACAAGUGUAAAAAACAUUCGAUCUGAAAAGGUUCAACAAAGACUGACUCAACAAAGUGAGUUUAUUCAAGUGAAGAAGAUGUUGAGAGAGGCCAGUGUACAGACAGAGUCUGGCUCUGUCACUGUCAGGGAAACAGAUCUACAGAAGUUAGCAGACUACUUACAGGAGGCCCUUUGGCGUGAGCAGAUCUUAAAGAAAAAGCUGGCAUCUCUCCAGGAGAGUACCACCAACCUCAUGAACUCCUCUGAUAAAAUGUGGAUGACACGCUGCAGCGAAGACCUGCUGAGAAACAAGAUCCAGGCUCUGGAGGCACAGCUGCACGUUUGUCUGCAGAAGUUUCCAAAGGAUGCUGUGAAGAAGCUGCUUUUGCAAAUGGAGAGGCAGAAGUUGGUUUAUGAAGACAAGGCAGUUAUUGCUUUGCAGAAAGCCACACAAGAGAAAACCGAGGCUGUGACCAAAGUAGACUCACUCCAGGAGGCUUUGAACAUGGCGCAGACAGAAGCAGAGAGACGGAAACAUCUCUACGAAGAACUCAGACUGACCUCUGAGCAGCUCGCACAGAAACACAACCAGAGCAAUGACCAACUGCUGCAACUGCAUGACCAACUGGAGCUGUCUCGGGUCAGAGAGGAAGAGCUGAAGGAGGAGCUUGUGUCACUGAAGCAACAAAACCAGGAGCUACAGUACAACACAUGUCUGCUAGAAGAGGACAACAACGCUCUGAGAGAAGAAAUACAACACUUAAGAGAUGGUAGCGGCGAAACUGAACUCCUGAUGCAGCAAUUUUUGAUGCCAGGAGAAACUGAGCACUGUCUAGAAGAGAAGGAGUCACCUGAGGUCAAUGAGCAGCUACAGCGUACUCUGGAGAAACUUCAACUUAAAGAAAAAGAGUGUGAGGAGCUACAGACGGAGCUGAGUGCCAUGGAGCAGGAGUGUCGCUCCACACAGACCCGACUGUCCCAGUGCAGAGAUCAGCUCCGACAGAUCACCCACAAAACAAGGACAUCGGCGACAAGGUGUUCAUGGUUGGGAUGUUGCCUGUCCUUCCUGGUGCUCUUGGCCAUGGCUGUGGUGGGGGGGUUGUUGUGGCUGUGGUACCCUCCAUUCAGAGAGCAGCUUCGGGAUUUGUACUCUGACAUGGAGACCAGGAUCGAGGAAUAUCUGAAUGAGAUGUCCUCCCCACAACACGCCAGCUGUUUUAGACCUGUAUGAUGCUGAAUAUGAAGUUUAUUAUUUAGUUUUUAAAAUGUUUAAGACAAAGCUGAUUUUUUGUUUGUAGGUACUUGAAUCUUUUUUGAUAAUUAUGAGAUGGCACUGUUUUGUAAUGUACUGUAUUUUUAAUACAAGUGAAAAUAUGAAA